AUGGACGUGUCCUCACCCGAGGUGUUGUCAGCUGUCCUUAACUUACAGAGCUCAGAUGCCGACAUUCGGAGCAAAGCUGAAGUCAAGCUCUAUGAGCAUGUGCAGGCGCCGCAUUUCACCAUCAAGUUGCUCAACUCUGUUGGCGACUUCUCGAUCGACACCAACAAGCGUAUAGCCGCUGCGCGAUUUUUCCAGGAUAGAGUGUUUCACGAUUGGCAGCGUCCAGGUCACUUCUCCCUGGAUAAUGUUCGCAGAAAUCAGCUGCUCAAGCACAGGAGAAAAGAAGACAGAAGCAGCCCCCAUUUGCCACGUCCUAUCGGCCAAGCUGAGGUGCGAGUAACUAUACCUGAGACCGAGCAAGCAUUGAUUAAAGCAAAUUUGAUUCCAGUGUUCAUCAAAUGCUUGGAUAUUUCUGAGAUACACCCAUUGUUGUUGGAUGCCUUCAUUUCAAUUGCUUAUUGUGAAGAAGCCCAUGAUGAACCGGCUGCUUCCAUCUAUGCUCUCAUCGAGGACCUCUCUGAUUUGAGUCUCGUCAAGUUGGGAUUAUCUUUACUAGUUGAAUUAGUGGAGAUUCAAUGUGUCAGGCUGUUUCACUCCGCAAAGAUGAUACUGACCGAAGUCAUCACUAAAACUUUCACCUUGUUUGAAAUGAUUGUGCCUCAACUUUUAUCACUAAACCUGUCCCAGCUGGCAGAAUGUUUGAGCCUUGUGAUCCCAAUCUACUCUCGGUUUUGGGCUUUCGAAGAAAUCAAAGAACUUUUCUUCGCACCAGUACUCGAUGAUACUCUUCAUUCAACCAAUUGCUUUCAAUGGCAUAAAGCUAUUUUGACACACCCCAAUCUUCUGAUUGCGGUCAAAGUGGACCCUUUGUUGCGACCGCUGCAUCUGUGGGUUAUGGCAAUGGAGGGAUCUGUCCAUAACUUAAUUUAUUUUCCCGAAGUGACGGAUGAAGUGAAACUUGACAUUUUUUGGGAUCUUAUUGAGCGGUGGUAUUCCAAGAAAAUAUGGCUACUGGACAGAACAAUCAGCGACGUAUUUGAUUUUUUCAAGUCUUUGCUGGAUACACCCUCCUGGCUGCUCAUCAUUGAAAAGCUUAAAUCAAUUGGUGGAAAAGUUUUUCUCAAAGCUCUUGACUCCACUCAUCAUACGAUUGAGCUCUUUCAAAACAUUCCUGAAGACUAUCUCGUCAUGAUGACAUCUAAGCAUGUAGCGAGAACUCGCUGGAGAGUGCCGAGGUUUGCAAAUUUAGAAGUCUCUGUGGGAGAGUUAAUUCAAAAAAUACCAGAGGAUGUUCUUAAACCAAUUGUGGAUUACUAUGUUGAUACAAUUCGAGAUCGGUCUGCCUUACGAGCUGAGGACAAACUGCUGUUUGCGCGUGCGCAAUUGGUUGAUGGAGCAUUGCGUGUUCACAGAAUUGUUGCAACCUAUGUACCAUCGAAUCUCGUAUCACCCGCACAAUACACCGAAACACUCUUGAAGUAUGCGCUUCCCGAACUAUCACCUGACACUUUGAAGGCGCAACCCUGGCUAACCGCUCGUGCAUGCAAUGUCAUACUGUUGCUAUCAAAUUCACAUUUCGAGGCUAAUGAAGAGAUGAGUCAAGCGAUUUUUGAGAGUUUGAUGUAUUGCUUUAAUAAUCUGGAUCUGUUUGUCAUUCAAGUUUUCGCGUAUAAGGCAUUGGAGAACCUUAGCUGCAUCAAAUCAAUUAAUCUGCGAUUGAAACUGGAAGGUCGCCGCAUAUUCAAGCAAUUACUGUUGAUUCACAAAAUGCAUCCUCUAAACGUUGUGGCUGAUGCAUUAUUAGCACAGGGUGUCCAGCAAUCGGCGGCUGAGCUGGUUCCUUUAAUUGUUGAACAUUUUCGUCUUGUCGUGUCUAAUGAUUACGAGCAGUCAAUGCAAUUUCAAAAUUUCAUUUACAAAUGUUAUGAAAAGACGUGUGGCGACAUCGAAAAUAUGCUCAAAAUGAAGUUUGUGGAUGUGCUUGAGCUUGCUUCGAGGAAUGGAAGUUUGGAUAGAGAAAAUCUUGUGCCUAUCUUGUACAAUUUCGCUAAUUCAAUUACUACAGUGCUGUCGGAAAUCUGGCAGAUCUAUCUGGUGAUCGUCGAAGCAUUCGAAACUGCUGAAAGAAGGCGUAUUUACAUUGAAUUGGUUGACUUUGCUCACUUCUUCCGGUCAGUGGUAAAGUUUGGAUUUCCAUCGUUACCAACUGACUCUCCACAAGUGCAAUCUCUUUUUGAAUUGUGUUUUCAUCAAAUUAAACGAAACUGGUUUUUUGAAAGUCCUCAUGCGGCCUUUGAGUUGCUUGAGUUGGCUACGUUGUCAUAUGGUGAGAAAAUCUCUUCUCUUCUUCCUCACUUACUCGAAAAGUUGCAUGAGAUUUCUCAAGUCUACAUCGACGAAUGUGCGGGGUAUGAAUCUAGUUUAAAUGGUUUUCUUUAUGUGCGAGUGUUGCUUGCUGCAUGUAUUGCUGAUGCUGACACAACACUCAAUUUCAUCAACGACAAAGACUUUUUGAAACCGUUUUACCUGAUAUGGAAGCAAAAUUGGUCAAAAUUCCAGCAUUUAUACGGAUUGAAACUACAAACCCUCGCCUCAUCACUGAUACUUCGAUCAAAUGAAACGGAGAAUAUUCCAUUUAAUUUUCGAAAGCGCAUAUUCUCGAAAUUUUGUGAUGAUGUUAGUUUACUUCGAGAAGCAAUCAAGGCUCCAGACUACUUACUGAGAAAAUGCAAUCACCCCACAAACUCACGGGUUUCUCAUGACUCAGAUUGCAAGGAUUGUGAGGAUUUUUGGAAUAGGAUGCUCGAUGCGACCCUGCCACCAAGAGUGAGUCCGCUUUAUGACUUAGACAUCCUCUCUGCUAUGCAUGAUUGUGUGGACGAACGAAGUCAGUGGACUUUUACGUACUGUACAGAUGCUGACAAUAGCGAAAGCGUCUAA